AUCAGCAGGGGAGAAACACACACACACACACCCUCUCCAACACACACUUUGCACGCACAAUUUAGCGCAGGACCACCGUACACACAACACUCGUCCUGGGAUAUGAACCCUCUCACCAUCACCUGUCUCCUGUGCUGCUUUGUAGUCUCCGGUGCUGGAGGCGCUCAGGGAUCUGAGGCCACGUUCUCCGGUGAACUAGCCCGAGUGACCGGGGUUCCGGCCUCUGGUGAGGGCCUCCAGACUUUGCUGGCCGACGAUGACGAACCGGAAGUAGACAAGGGGGUUUCGGGAGGAGACAACGACAAUUUCAGCCUUCUCCAGUCGCAUUCCAUUAAAGAUAAGAAGAAGAGGAUGGGCAAAGGCAAGAAGAACAGGGACAGGAACAAGAGCACGACUCCCCUCAACCCCGAGCACGUGUUCUACACCAACGGCUACACGUCGACUCUCAGCACCACAGAGGAUCCCUGCACCUCCACCCACCUGGGCUACUGCAUCCACGGUUACUGCAAGUACAUAGAGGGCCUGCAGGAGCCAGUGUGCAUAUGUAUGAAGGGUUACGACGGGGGGCGCUGUGGGAUCCAGUCUCUGGGGACGAUUAGGACCCAGCCGGACCAGAUCAACAACACUGAGUUGGUGCAGACGGUUUUAGUGAUCAUCGCAGUUGUCCUGUCGGUCAUCAGCUGCACCGCCAUCCUGCUCAUGACUUGCGCUCAUUACAGGUCACACAAAAACUUCCUCGCAUCCUAUCUGGGAACUGGGGCAGAGCAGGAGAAGCUACAGAAACCCAUCGGGGACGUUGUGGUAUGAGGGCGUCAAGUUACGAGCCAGCUGCAUGACUCGAAGGACGAAGCGGAGGAGUGCGAGGACCUGAGAAAGCAGUAGAGUGAAUAGACUGCUUCAUUAGAUGCUGUGUAAACAAAAAAACAGAACUUGUUAGAAUGUAAUUUAUUUAGUGUGUUUAUUUAUUGUUAACGACUCUGUGUGUGUGUUUGUAUGUUGGACUAUUGCUACGACGUCGUCGUCGUUUUUUUUUUAUUUAUUGCACUGCUGUUGUUAUAGGUCAAAGAAAAGGGAUAUAAUUUGAUCACCAAUAAAGUGUCUCAGUGUUA